AGCUCAAACUUAUUGGCGAAGUAACGCCGACCGUGUGUAGAGCUGUGUGUGGCACCAAGCGGGUAACAUCUCUCCCAUACAUCCGUACACCCACUCACUGCCAGGGCGGUUGGGAAUACUACUCUUGUUCUAUAUAGUGUAAUGUGCUUAAAGUAACACAUCAAAGAUGGCUAACUAUCUUGACCACUUUACGUCUGUGGGAGAUGUCCCCCAAGAACACAAGGAAUUCCAUGCGGAAGAUGAGAAGCAUGACGAGGACGUAGAAAAGAAACCCCACCCUUUCACAUCUGCCUAUACCUUCAGGGAUGCGCUUAAAUGGCUCCUCAGCAGCCACAAAUUUCAGAUUGCCAUUGUGUGUCUUGUUAUUCUUGAUGCUUUGUUUGUCCUCGUUGAGAUCCUUUUGGAUUUAGAAUUGCUUGUAGAAAAAGUUGACCACAUCAUACCAGAGAUUUUCCAUUAUUUGAGUAUUUCUGUCUUGAGCAUUUUUCUUGUGGAAAUUGUUGCAAAGCUAUAUGCUUUCCGUCUAGAAUUCUUCCAUCACAAAUUUGAAGUUUUUGACGCUGUUAUUGUGAUAAUCUCCUUCAUCAUUGACAUUGUCUAUAUCUCUCGGGAAGAUGUAUUCAGUGCAGUUGGGCUACUGAUUUUGCUUCGGCUUUGGCGAGUGGCCAGGAUAGUGAAUGGUGUCAUUCUGUCUGUAAAGAGCCGUGCAGAAGACAAAAUCCAUAAGUUAAAACAUAAACAAGAUGUGUUACUGGCGAGAGUCUCACAACUGGAACAGCAGUGUUCUGAACAGGAGCAAGAGAUUUCCAGACUACAGAAAGUACUACAGCAACAUAAUUUAAUUCCGGAUUCAUCCGAAGCAGCACAUUCUUGAUUUUUUUUUUUUUUUUUUCCAGUAAGCGUUUUCUUGGCCCAUAUUUUAUGUCUAAUUCUAUUUUAAUGAACAUCAUGUUAAAAAAAAAAAAAGAAGCAACAUUUGUAUAUUUUGAUUUAGCUUUAUUGUAUAAAAAUACAUAUU